AUGGUUGAAGCAGUUGAUGAUGAGAAACUAUUGAUUCAUUUCUUUCAAGACAGCUUGAGUGACAUUUCCCUCACUUGGUAUAUGCGAUUGGACAAUACCAAGGUUAAAAAAUGGAAGGAUUUAGUGGAUGCCUUUAUGAGGCAAUAUAAGUUCAAUAUAGACGUGGGCCCUGAUCGGUUAAGCUUGCAAGCUAUGGAGAAGGACAACAAGGAUUCCAUAAGGGAAUACGCCCGGAUAUGGAGUGAGGUAGCUGCACAAGUUAAUCCUUCCAUGUUGGAAAAAGAGAUGAUCGCUUUAUUUUCCAACACCUUUAAAGCUCCGUACUUUGAAUACUUGGUUAGAAGCUCUGCGCAACAUUUCUCUGACCUGGUUGUUAUAGCUGAGGGAAUUGAACAAGCCAUUGGAUUAGGUAAAAUUGCUUAUCCAACUGAAAAAGAACGGUUUCACUGA